AUGUCCCAAAAUAAUAGUGAAGCGCACCGAUCAAGCGGUGUAGGAGAUAUCGGAAAUGGAAGUCCUAGUAAUUAUAACUUGGUAGGCGACGGUUCAAGAAAUCACAAUCAACCAUCAGCUAUUUUAAUGGGUUCAUCACCAACGAACACCAAUAACACCAACACAACAACCGGAGGAAAUCAUCGUCCGUCGCAUAGCGGAAGCGAUCACGAACUUACCCUUAAGGAUCGACAAGACGCAAUUAACACAACACAUCCAUUUGGAUUUUCGUUAUGGAAACCAGCGUUAUAUAAAAAAUCGCGAUCAGUAACACGAAAUGCAAAUUCAGCACUUCAUUCUACCCCUUCAUCGGAUUUUUAUCUAUACCCGGGAAAUAUUUUAUGGGCGAUAAGAGGAGGGUAUAAAUAUGCGAGGGUGUUAAGGGAAUUAUGUUAUUAUAUAUUUUGGCCAUUUGGUAAAUAUGUUGAAAGAUCGGAAGUGGAAUAUGAAGAAUGGUUUGCAGCUGAUGAAGUUCUGAGAAGAAGACAAAGACAACAACAAGAACGAGUAGGAAAUAUGAAUCAUAAUGAUUUUUUUAUUGCAAGAGAUACUUCUAUGAUCAUUACUGGAAUAGAAAGGGCUGGAGGUAGUGAGGUCACGGGAGAUUAUACCACAGAUGAAGAGGCUAAUAGUGAGAGAAGACCUUUAUUAGGACGUUUUAGUAGUUAUGAAAGGAAUAGGAGGAUAAAUUUAAACAAGUUCAACUUAUUUAAAACGAUAAGAGAAAUCGGAUUCGCUGGGGUUGUUUUUUACUUUUGUAAUACUAAUAAUUGUGUUGCACUUUUAGCUCCCAUGUUUUUAUUAAUAUCUACUUUGUGUUGGUUAUGUAUAUUUUCAAUUCCAAUGGCAAAAUUAACAUUUGUAUUAAGUAGACAUUUACGUAAAUACCCAUUAUCAUUACACUUUAAACCUGGAUCCUCAUUAUCAUUACUUACCAACCAACGUUCACUCAUUUUAUUAUGUACAUAUAAAGCAUUCGAUUAUUGUUUCCUAACUAAAAUAUUUGAAGAUUAUUUUUUUACCACACAAAAGUUUCUCUUUACAUUGUCACUGAUAUCAGUUAUUCCUUUGAGUUAUUUUAUUGGAAUGGCGGUGGCUUCAAUUUCGGCUCAAUCUUCCGCGGGAUUAGGAGCUGUUAUUAACGCUACUUUUGGUAGUAUCGUUGAAAUCAUCUUGUAUGCGAUUACUUUGGUAGAAGGUAAAGGUAAAGUGGCUGAAGGCAGUAUAAUUGGUAGUUUAAUGGCCGGUGUAUUAUUAAUGCCAGGCGUUAGUAUGAUUAGUAGUGGAUUUAAACGUAAAGAACAGAAGUUCAACGCAAAAUCUGCUGGAGUUACAUCUACUAUGCUUAUUAUGGCUAUAAUUGGUGCUCUCACUCCAACUUUAUUCUUUCAAACUUACGCUCCAUAUAAGAUGACUUGUGUUCCAUGUAAAGGAUAUACAGUAUUAACGGAUGAAUGUCAACUUUGUACUCACGAUCAAGUCAAUCCAACUUCUACUCCAUUAUACAAAGAACGCGUAAAACCACUAAUGUUGUUUUGUUCCGUUAUCCUAGUAUUAUCAUACGUUAUCGGAUUAUGGUUCACGUUGAGAACACACGCCGCACUAGUAUGGCAAACAGGACAUCAUCCUAAUACUUUUGUAGAUAAUACAAACACUAGAUCUACUUCAAUUUAUAAGAAAAUUGUUCCCGAAUAUAUUCUUCAACAAUUAUUACCACAUCCAAAUCCACACGAUACAUCUUCACAACAUCUGCAUCCAUCAAAUCCACAUUCUAACUCAUUGUAUCCAUCAUCACAAAAUGCAUCAAACACACCAUCUACCUCAACUGUUUUACCGCAAAGACCAAACUCUGUUCCCGGUCCAAGUUCAACUACAAAUCUUCAACAUAACAUACAUAAUUUAGAUCACCUAGCAACGUUAACAUCACAAGGUCAUUUUAUCCCCUCUAACGCUUCGCUAAUUAGGUUUGCUCAUGAACCCGAAGAAGAAGAAGAACCUUGUGGUCAUGAUUCUCCUAAUUGGAGUAAAGUCAAAAGUGGAAUAGUAUUAUUAUCUUGUACUGCAUUAUAUUCUCUUAUAGCAGAAAUAUUGGUGGGGAAUGUUGAAGUUAUAUUGAAUAAUUUUACCAUUACCGAAAAGUUUUUAGGGUUAACUUUAUUUGCUUUAGUACCUAAUGUAACUGAAUUCGUUAAUGCCAUGUCUUUUGCUUUAUAUGGCAAUAUCGCUUUAAGUAUGGAAAUUGGUUCUGCUUACGCUUUACAAGUCUGUCUUUUACAAAUUCCUGCCAUGGUUGCCUUUUCUGCCUGGUAUAAUGCUGAUAGAUCUGACGAAGAGGAUAUUUCAAAUAAUACUUUUACAUUAGUAUUUCCUAGAUGGGAUGUAUUCUCGGUGGUGUUUUCGGUAUUUUUGUUAACUUAUACUUAUAUUGAAGGGAAAUCUAAUUAUUUUAAAGGAUCAAUUUUGAUCCUUUCGUAUUCAGUUUUGAUGGCCGGUUUUUUUUAUGCUCCUGAUAAUGAUAAUAUUGGACUUGAUGAGAUUGAAUCGAUUAAGGAUUCAGCGUUAAAGGAAACGAUUGUCGUCGUUAUAUUAAAGUUUCAACUGAAAUUGGGUAAUAUUCAACAAAAAAAUAAUCUUACAAUGAAUGAUAUUUGUUUUAUGAUAAAGAUCGCCAAUAAUCGAUUGGAAAUCAAUAAUCUUUUCGAUCAUAUUAUCCUUGAACGCUCGUACCUACAUCGAAUUGUUGAUAACGCAAACUUGUUUGGAUUGAAGCUUAAAGCAAAGAUUUGCAAAUAUUGGAAUCCAGGAGUUCAGAUCUUAAAGAAAGUUAAUAAAGUUUCUCAAUGUUUAAAUUAUUCUGACGACGAUUCUGAUUCUGGCAACGACUAUGACACCAUAGAUGACGUUAUGAAAAAGAUUCAUGAUCAAUAUGACUUCCUUACAACUCUAAUUAAAGGUUCCAACAUCUUAAUCGCAAGCGAUGGAAUUUUUCAAAACAUACCAUUGAUAGGAUACAAAAAAGAACAGUGA